UUGCAAACUGAUGAAAUGACAGAUCGAAAGUCUUUUUCCGAAACGUCACCCGACAACGAGCCUUUUCUACACUUCCGUUUCUCAAAGCAAAACAGAGAAAUUUUAAGCUUGCAGAAUGGCUCCCCGCAAGAAUAAAACCGUAAAGGAAGAAGUCCAGGUCUCCCUGGGACCCCAGGUCCGCGAGGGUGAGAUUGUGUUCGGAGUGGCUCAUAUUUACGCCAGCUUCAACGACACCUUCGUCCAUGUCACCGAUCUGUCCGGAAAGGAAACCAUCUCCCGUGUCACCGGUGGAAUGAAGGUCAAGGCCGAUCGUGAUGAGGCUUCGCCCUACGCCGCUAUGUUGGCCGCUCAGGACGUCGCUGAAAAGUGCAAGUCGCUGGGAAUCACCGCUCUGCACAUUAAGCUGCGUGCCACCGGUGGAAACCGUACCAAGACCCCAGGACCAGGUGCCCAGUCCGCUCUGCGUGCUCUGGCUCGUUCGUCGAUGAAGAUUGGUCGCAUUGAAGAUGUUACCCCAAUCCCAUCGGAUUCGACCCGCCGGAAGGGAGGUCGCCGUGGUCGUCGUCUAUAAGGCGUGCCGCUUUUCCUUUGCCAGAUACAGUUUUGGAUUUCGCAUUUCCCCAUCUGAA